AGCUCGAGACCCUCCUCCUCGUCACGAGUGGAGAGCUCGAGACCCUCCUCCUGACCACAGGGCAAGGUGGUGCUCCAAAGGAGUGGCCGAGAAAGAGCGACUCUCCCAUAAAAGCAGCACUGUACUCUGGAUGGUGGAAGAUUAUCACUAACUACAACAGGGCAACUGUGUGCUUGAAGAAGCUGAAGGACACUCACAGGGUUUGGACUUUAUUUUUUGUUCCAGUACUAAUCUUGCUCUGUAGGUAUGAGGCUGACUCCACAAGGAACCACUGAAGAGGUCUGCCAUUGAGUGUUUUGAAGACACCUGGAUUUAAGGAAUCUCUGUUUUAAUUCGUCACCUGCUUUCUUCACCACCAAGACAUGGUGCUCUGGAUUAUCUUCCCCAUCUCUCUCUCCCUGGUGUCCUUCAUUGGAACAUGGACUGUAUAUGGCCUGGCCUUCGCCAACAAUCAUGUGUGCUCUCUCAGUGACUGGGGGAGUGACAUCUACUGCAGAGGGAAUCAGUCCACUGGAUGUUGCCUUGCUCCCACUAUAAGCUCAAGUGGAACUAGUGCACCAGAAAAUUCACUUUUCACAGCCACGAUCAACGCAGGCUCCUUCCUAUUUCUGCUGUUCUGCAUCUUCCACCAUGCCCAUAUUAUGGAGAGAUACACAUGUCAUGCCAUGCUGAGCAGGUUUGCUCUGGUCUUUGGUGUGGUGGCAGCUCUGGGGGCGUUCGCAGCUGGAAACUGUAAUCCAGGUCACUUGGCACUGCUUCACUACCUGGGAGCUGCCAUCAGUUUCACGUGCAUCUGCUUCUACACCGUCCUGCUCACUGCGCUGACCAGGAAGUGUGUGCUGACAGGAUAUGAGAAGAUCCUCUACCCGUUCCGCAUCACCUCCACUGUGUUUCAAACCGUUCUCACCAUCUGCUACACCGUUUUGUUUGCCCAGGAGGAGUACAACUACGUUCACUGGUCGGCUAUAGUUGAGUGGAUGCUCAGCGUCAACCUGGAGCUGUUUGAGCUCAGCUUCGCCGUGGAGUUUUACUUCUUCUCGUCCUUCAUGCUCUCAAAUCUGCUGAGCAAACGAGAGGAAGAGAAGCCCUUGAUGAUGACGAUGUCCUGAUAUCAGGCCGCCAGGGUCCAGCUGAAGCACACGAGCAGUGAGGAUGGACUGAGUAAAACAUCUGUAAAGACAUCUGCGGCUGGACCGUGGCCAGAGGACCGCUAAUUUUAUUUCAUCACUCUGCUGGGAUGGAAUUAUAGCAAUUUAUGGAUUAUGACCACCAAUAUUGCACCCUCUUGAUACUGUUGCCGAAAAUUGUAUGAUUUUCUUUACUGGGCAUUUCUGUUCCUUAUUGCAUUUCUUAUUGCUUAUUUAUUGAAACAAACAAGCUUAAACAGCAAAUGAACAAAACAUAUCAGUUGUAUUAUACUGUUGUACAAGUCAUGUUGAUGCUCUGCAAACAGAACAAUUAACCUGAUGUGUCAUACUUAUGUUUAUUAUUAUUAUUGUUAUUUAUGUCAAUCAUUUUUUGAGCAAUUAUAAUCAACAAUGAAGUAUUUCUCAUUAGGUAUACCAAUAAGGACCAGAAGUCAUGAAAAUGUCACUGAUGUUAGCUUCACAUUAAGGUUCUUUAAUUAAGCACUUGCAUAUAGUUGUGUCCCUUUCAUUAAACCAUGAGCACUGUACAAA